UCGCGGUGCUUCACGAUUGUUUAGUUCAUUCAAGUUCAAUAUGCGACGAAGACUCACGCUUGUCCUGCUUGUACUUCUGAGUGCAUGUGUACAAUUUUCUUAUUCGGAUGGUCUGCAAGAUAGAAUAAAAUGCAAUGGAGUAUGUGUGCCGCUGAACCAGUGUAAAACUGACGUAGGAUCAUUCAGCACUGUGGAUAUUAGUGACGAUGUCGAGGUAACGUGUCAUCACUAUCUUGAAGUGUGUUGUUCCAAGGAAAAUGUUGUAAACGGUUCGGCAAAUAAAUGUGAAAAUAGUGCCAUCAAAACUUUCCGAGACUGUGGCAGAAGAAACGAAGAUGGAAUCGGAUUCAGAAUUACACACGCCAAGCAUAAUGAAACCGAAUUCGGAGAAUUUCCUUGGGUGGUAGCAGUAAUGCAAGUGGAGGAAUCUCAGAUGGAACUUGUUAAACCCGAUUCCAAAUUGAUAUGUGGAGGUUCUCUGAUUGCUCCAAACGUGGUUCUGACCGCUGCUCAUUGUGUGAUGAAUCGUUCGGCAGAAACAUUGAUAAUUCGAGCUGGUGAAUGGGACAUUGCUACUCGGAACGAAGUGAUCCCGUAUCAGGAACAACGAGUCGAGAGAAUAGUUCUGCAUCCUAAUUUCAACCGGGAGCUUCUGUUUUUCAAUUUGGCGCUGCUCAUCUUGGAAGACAAUUUCGUAGCCGACGAACAUAUUCAGCUCAUAUGCAUGCCACCACAAAACAAAGCUUUUUACGAUGAAAAUUGCUUCACAACCGGUUGGGGCAAAGUGGAUUUUAGUGCACCAAGCUACCAAACGAUACUGAAGAAAAUCGAAGUUCCAAUAGUUCCUAGGCAAAAAUGCGAAACACUUUUGAGAGGUACCCAUCUUGGUGCAUCGUUCCGACUGCACGAUUCGUAUAUUUGCGCCGGGGGAUUGGAAGGAAUCGAUACCUGCACCGGAGAUGGAGGAUCCCCAUUGAUGUGCCCAAUUCCAGGGUUCAAAAAUAAGUUUUACCAAGCUGGAAUUGUUGCGUGGGGAAUCGGUUGUGCGCAGAAAGAUAUACCCGGCGUCUACGUAAGAGUUAGUUUGUACACGGAUUGGAUCAAGGAAGAAAUAAAAAAGAUCGAGUAGGUGAGGGACUAACACUUAUAAUAAUAAGAAACCCUAAUAAUUGAAGAUUGAUCAAAGCUUAAGCCAGUAACAACGAAAAGCAUUAAUAGAUAAAUAAAAUGAAUGGGGUUUUCAAACAUAAAAAAAACUAAAAA